AUGUCGGUAUGGAAAGCUGUAUCAGGCGUUCUCUGUGUUUACAAGCCGUCAGGAAUUUCUUCUUCGGCUAUAAAAAAGCUCAUCACAAAUCGAAUCACGGAAUUCAACAGCAGUGUUGAAUCAACGUCAAGAUUACAACUUCCUAUAAUUUCACUCCCAAUCGUCGAACCACAUGAGUCUUCGGGUGCUCUUCUUGUCGUUGGCAGCAAAGAUCUGGCUGAUUAUCGGUAAUUAAAAUAAUUCUUGAAAAUAGAUAAACUUAAAAUUCAGUCAUCAUCCGUUAGUUUGUGGAAGUUCGAUUCGACCCGAAGAUAUCCACAUUGUCGAUCCUUUGCCGCUUCACACAAAUAGUUCAGGAGUUUGUCGUAAGUUCGCCUGUUCCUCAUUGAAAAUUGAAUUUUCAAAAGAUCUAUUUCAGUUUUCGGUAUAAAUGAAGGGAGUGAUUCUCUUCCCGAAAUUAUGUCGAAAUCCUGGACAAAUGUUUAUCGUUUCGAUGGAAUUUUCACAAAAGUGAGCCCGAAAGAUGAAAAAUUGGAUUUAUCAAAAAUCACAAGACACAAAUUCGAAAAAGUCAUAUCUCGCUUGGAAUCACAAUUCAGAAGUGCCGCUUUCGAACAUGCAAAUGUUGAUAAACAAAGUGAAGAAGCUUUUGAUUUGGCGAGAAAAGGAUUGCCACGUGCACAACUUCCAGGAGCUCAGGUUAUUUAUUCGAUUGAAAUUAAUUGGCUCAAAGUUCCUCGGUUUUCAAUAACAAUCCAAUGUAGUGGAGAAGACGAUGAAAUGCUCAAGUUAGUUUAAAAAAAAACUAGAAGGGCUUCGCUGGCUAACGCCAUCUACAGUAGUUUGACUUACUUUUUACUUAUUAAUUUAUUCUUUUGUUAGGAGAAGAGUAACACUCAGAAAUGACUAAAAUUAUUCGACUUUGAAAAAAAUUAGAACGAUCAGAUAAGAAGCGUGGCCUGAUAUUUAAUUCGAAUAAAAACGUGUUCAUUCUUUUUUACAUGAAAAAAGUUUUGAUUUUUCACGUUAAAACUCGCGCAUUAUUGGAAAAAUCGAAUAUUAGCGCCUCAAUGGGAAAGAAUUUGGAAUAGAAUGGUGAAGGUCCCAUCAAAAAUGGUCUUCUGGAAAUUGAGAAAAGUCGAGCGACACAUUUUGAAUCCGAAAAAUACAUUGAGAUUUUCAAACUUUUCGAACUCCGCGUGAACUUCGACGUGGCAAUUGAAAAAUUAUUUCAAUUUUUAAUUCUCAUUUGUUUUUCCAGAAAUUUCGCCUCAACAAUCGGUUCAAGUUUGGGAUGUUCAGCAGUUCCAAUUCGAAUUCAACGAAAAUGUUUCGGACCAUUUUCAAGUGUAAAUGCGUUGCUCGAAAAACAAUUCAAUCUUCAGAAUUUCAUCAGAAAUGUAAAUUUGAACAAGUUAGUUUCUUAUUUUUUCCCCAUAAAUAAAAUAAAGUAUUUUUCAGAAAAAUCAUAGAGAAUUCCAAAAUCGACCAAAAGCUUGUUGGACAAUUGGAAGAAUCUGAAAAUCUAGAAAAUCGAGAAAUUUUUGAUGGUCUUGGUUUGAAUGAAUCGACGAAAAUCGAUGAUUAUGAUGCAAUGAGACCAGCAUGGCCAAGAAAUUAUAAUUAA